AUGGCAGCGCCGGUAAGCAAGCCGCAGAACAAUCAGAGCCUUCAUGUUGUUAUUGUGGGAGCGGGACUAGGAGGAUUAGCAUGCGCUAUUGCUUGUCGCCGGACAAAACCGCCUUGCGAUGUCACUGUCGUCGAAAGAGUGCCCGAGAUCGACCCUAUCGGGACAGGGAUCCAUAUUCCACCGAAUGCUUGCAGGGUGAUGCACCAUUUUGGGUUGGUAGAGAAACUGAAGGAAGCUGGGGCCUAUGUUGUGCAGGACUUCACGUUGCGCCGGUAUAAGGAUGGGGAGAUCAUCGUUGAGAAGCCCCUAGGGGAAAGAGUGAAGAAGGAGUACGGAGCUGAAUGGCUAGCUAUUCAACGAGGGGACUACCAAAGAGUGCUGCUAGACGCUGCACGAAGCGGUGGUGCACGUAUCUUGACAGACUCCGACGUCGUGAACGUGGAAGCCGGUUCCAAUGAGCUAGAAGGACGACAAGUCGUCAUUCUCAAGAACGGUAAACGGCUUGAUGCCGACGUCGUCGUUGGAGCAGAUGGACUCUGGUCAAGCAUGAGAGAGAUUGUGCUGGGUCGGCCCAUGCCACCAGUUGAAACAGGCGACUUAGCGUAUCGAGGGACGUUUACUCGUUCUCAGCUUGAAUCCUUCAACGAUGAGAGAAUCAAUGCCUUGAUCAAGAAAACCAAUGUGCAAGUUUGGCUGGGCCCGAAUCGACAUGCUGUAUUCUAUCCAUUGAGGAACAAUACUGAGUUUAAUUUGGUCCUGCUGCAAGUUGUUGCAGACGAUUUGCCUCCGGGCGUCCGCACAGCCGAGGGUAGCCUUGACGAAAUGAUCAAGUGCUUUGAGGGAUGGGAUCCAAUCUUGAAUCGCAUCAUUUCUUGCCUCAAAACAGCCUUGAAAUGGAAGCUGCUUCACUUCAAAGAGCUCGAUAAAUGGACAAAGGGUCCGGUCGCCCUGUUAGGUGACGCUUCACACCCUACAUUACCGUAUCAAGGGCAAGGCGCUGCUAUGGCCGUCGAAGAUGGCGCUAUUCUCGGUUUACUUCUUGCACGGUUGCAAACGAAAAGUUUAUCGUCGCGGCCACUGAUGCGCCACGCUCAACUGACAAGCUUGCUCCACCUUUACCAGCAAUUGCGCAAGCAACGCACAGAGGUAAACGUAUCAGGCGCGGUUCUCACGAGACAAUUUUACCACCUGCCUGACGGUGAGAUGCAGUUGGCCCGGGACAGGGAGUUGGCAAGUCUGCCCCUAGCCAAAUGGCAGGGGCCAAGUAAGUGGAAUUGGGGAGAUGCUGCUUAUCAGAAGAGCUUACUCGGCUUUGAUGUUCUUGCCGAUGCGGAGGCCAGGUUUGAUGAAUGGGCGCGCAAUUCCUUGGGCACUGUCAUUGGCAGCGCAUUGUAG